AUGGUGUGGAGAUUCCCUUCUGGUGUCAUAGUGUCAGUGGUUCCUGUACCACGAGUUGUUGAAAUUAACAGAAUCGAGGAUGGUCGUGUUCAUUUGCAUGGUUCAGAUGGAAAGUUUUUAAACAUUCUAGCACAAGCUUUGAAAUUUAAAUACAACGUUAAAAUACCACCUGACAGAGAAUGGGGUCGAAUGACCGAUGAUGGGAACUGGACUGGUAUGAUAGGACAAGUAUUUAGAGGAGAGGCAGACUUUACGUUAUGGACUUCGGUUACGAAAGAACGUUCAGAAGCAGUCGAUUUUAGCGAGCCCUAUGACGUGGAUGACUUAACUUAUGUUACUACGUUGCCAGAAAAUUUACCUAAAGCUUAUGCUUUCUUCCAUCCUUUUGAUCGAAUCACAUGGUGUUGCCUCAUAUUUCUCAUUUUAAUGAUCCCAUUUUUUUUCUGGUUGCUAUCUUCUUCUGGCCCAUCAUACUUUGAGCGUCUAUUGUAUCUAUACGGGACGAUUGUGCAUCAGCCUUUAAAUGAUGAACAUUUUUACCAAAAAACUCUUCUUGUAUUUUGGUGGAUUACUUCUAUAGUUUUAUCAGUCAGUUACUCAGGAGCUCUUUUAUCCUUUUUAAGCAUCCCUCUGCAAGAAACUCCCAUAAGAAACUUUCAAGAAUUAUCCAUGGCUGUAUCCAAAAACCAAUACAGGUGCCUUGAUGUUAACGGAACUGCCUUUGUUCCAGGUUUACUUGCAAGCAAGCGAGAAGAUCUCGUACAUUUAGCUGAUACAAUUAUAAGAAACAAUUGGUUUUUAACAUAUCCCGAAUCACAAACAGAAACUUAUUUUGAUGGUCGAACAGCACACUUGGGUAGUAGAAUAUUUUUAUAUUUCAGAUUUGGAAAGGCUCCUUUUACAAGGAAGUAUGUAUCUGAAGAUACAGCUUAUUCUUAUGAAAUGGCAUUGGGUGUGAGAAAAAAUUUUUGCUGCAAGGAUGAGCUUGAUGCUGCUAUUGUUAAGAUUAAGUACGCUGGUAUAUAUCAAAAACUUAUAGAAGAUGAACUGUAUCAAUCUUGGUUUAAAUAUAUAAAAAAUUUAACGAUACCGGAAACUAACCAUCCAUUGUCUGUACAGGAUUUAUCAGGAGCACUGAUUAUUUUUGCUUUUGGAUGUAUUCUAUCAAUUGUAGCAUUCAUUGGAGAAUGCUGUUUCUAUAAGAAAAAAUGA